GGAAGAGAUUGAAUGAUCUGAAAAACACCCCAAACAAAAUCGUGUUCUCAGUUUGUAUAUGUUUUUUUUUUCGAGCUCAAGAUAAUUGAUCAUGUCAAGGCAGAGUAACAGAACAACAGACUCGCGGAAAGUGAGUCAAGAGUUGUUCACAUUGACAUAUGGAGCAUUGGUGUCACAAUUAAUAAAAGAUUAUGAAGGUGAUGAUGACGUGAAUAAACAACUUGAUAAAAUGGGUUAUAAUAUAGGUGUACGAAUGGUGGAAGAUUUUUUAGCGAGGUCUUCUGUAGGCAGGUGUCAUGAUUUCAGGGAAACAGCAGAUGUUAUAGCAAAGCAAGCAUUCAAAAUGUAUCUUGGAAUCACUCCAUCAAUCACAAACUGGAGCCCAGCUGGCGAUGAAUUCUCACUUAUUGUCGAAAAUAACCCAUUAACAGAUUUUGUAGAAUUACCAGAAAAACAUGGAAACUUAUGCUACUCUAACGUCCUAUGUGGUGUUCUUAGAGGUGCACUAGAAAUGGUUCAGAUGGAAGUGAAAGUGUGGUUUGCACAGGAUACAUUGCGAGGCGAUAACAUUACAGAAAUUAGAUUGAAAUUCAUCAAGCGGUUAGAAGAUGCAUUACCAGCUGGGGAAGAAUGAAAACGACGCUAUUCUUUUGGGUUUUUGAGGUCACCUACACGAUGUCAAGUGUUUCUCGUCACUGUAUACUUCAGUCUUUCUGACCAUUCAUCUUUGAGUGAGGGAGAAUGUCAGUCAUCAGUUUAUUGUAAAUGAUACAGACACUUUUAGUAUAAUCUUCUAAACUUCAUGUCCACUAUAACUAGAAAUGUCACACAUUAUAGAUUUAAAUGUGAUAUAAUAGACAGACUCCCUUCUCUUUCUUUACUUCUCUUCACUGGAACAUUUUAAUGAAAUUUGUGAAAAAUCUGAUCACAAAACAGACCUGCAACUAGUUCUAUCUUUGUACCAAGAUAGACCCAUUCCAGACAGUUCUAGUUUAUGUGAUUAUUAGGAACAUAAUAAUGAAAUGUGUUAUUUUGUUUUUACUUGCAAUUUUAACAACAAAAAUGACUUUUGGUGAAUGCACAUCUAAGUGACGGAAGAUAGCAGUUUUAUUCAAGUUCAGAAACAUUCUUCAAGCUAUAUUUUGAAUGUUUCUGUCAUAUCUGUGAACAUAGCAACUAUAGUUUGAGAAAGUUGCUUAAAUACUGGUGCACAUUGCAGGCAGGUUUAGUACAACAAUCAAAUGAUAUCAUCCUUGUGUUAAUCACAGUUGAAGACUUGUGUAAGAUUUUACGGUGGCCUAGCAUGUUGAAUUUCAAGUGACUGCAUAAAUGAUGUAGAGAACUAUGGGUAAUGGAUGAAGAUGCAUGAUGAUAUAACAAUACUGCAUAAAGACCAGAAUAUGACAAUAUGAAACUGCAUAAUCUCUCAUGACACUGGAUCUGUAUUGAGGGUAGAUAGUUGUCUGUGCAAGUAACAAGAUGUACAAUUGAACGGAAGAAUGGAAUGGAUGUGCUGCCCUCUGUAGCUGGAAAUAACAAAAAUGCAUCAAGUAAACUGCCCUCUGUAGUUGGAAAUACAAACCCCCUUUUAUAAAAUAAAUAUUUUGCAAGUUGUCUGCAAACUAA